UGCGUUGGAAACAUCUGUACGAUGAGGACGUUCUCUAUCUUCGGUUUACUUGCUGUGGUUGCCAUCUUCGAGGCUACCAUCAACCGGCAAGGUUACGCCUCACCUCUACAACCAGAGGAGAUUUCAUUCUUGCUGCGCUACAGCGUCUGGAACCUGAUCGCCUUUGCGAAAGCGUUGCAGCCUCUCUCGAUGCCUCCUUCGACCACAACCUACAUGAGCGGCUACGUGGGUGGAGUGCUGCGGAAGGUUGUUGUGCAUCCUGGGACGCUGCAUAACAUCAGCACCAUACGCCAAGUGGUCAGAGAUGAGAUCAACAUGGAUCACGAUGAUAUCAACUACCAGGUGACGUUCAAAGUGGACAGGGCUACGUAUAUUACGAAUGUAUCUUCUUGGCCGCUUCUCUCCGACGUAUACGAGACGCAAGAAUUCGAGAUUGUUGUGAACGAGACCCAGUUCACACUGCAAAUAACUGUUAACAAGAACUCAACUCGGGGUUUCUUGGAAUAUUUCCUCCUCGAUCGUGCCUUGUACGGCGGAUUCCGUCGCCUACACCCGAGCACAACAACGCGGAUGGAAUUUGAAGACAACGUCAUGAACCGUUUCCUGAACGAGUUUGUGCAAGAGCGCUUUCUCAUACACGAGAACAUGGUUGAUACAUUCAAAGUGAUAUUGGAUAUCGAGUACUUCGCAUCGGGAAAGAAAGGUCACGGAAUUCCUCCAUUGCCGCCCUAAGAGCGCGUGUUUAGGGUUUCCACUUUUACAAGUUUUCUCUACUCAUACAGCUGCAGCAUAACGUAUGUGGUACAUGCGCAAUAAAUGCCUUUGUUUCGAAAUGGGACAAGGAGUGUUGA